AUGGCGUGCGCCGAGGGCUGCUUCGCGGAGGAGCAGUUCCGGGAGGCCUGCGCCGAGCUCCAGCAGCCGGCGCUGGCCGGGGCGGACUGGCAGCGGCUGGUGGAGGCCUCGGGCAUCACCAUCUACCGGCUGCUGGACCAGCCGACUGGCCUCUAUGAGUACAAAGUCUUCGGUGUUCUGGAGAAUUGCCCACCCGCUCUACUUGCAGACGUCUACAUGGACUUAGAAUACAGGAAACAGUGGGACCAGUAUGUUAAAGAACUUUAUGAAAAGGAUUGCGACGGGCAGAUGGUGGCCUACUGGGAAGUGAAGUACCCUUUCCCCAUGUGCAACAGAGACUAUGUCUACAUCCGCCAGCGCCGCGACCUGGAUGUGGAAGGGCGGAAAAUCCACGUGGUCUUGGCUAAGAGCAUCUCCGUGCCUCAGUUUCCUGAGAAGUCAGGUGUGAUCCGAGUGAAGCAGUACAAACAAAGCCUGGCUAUUGAGAGCGACGGCAAGACGGGGAGCAAAGUUUUCAUGUGUUACUUCGAUAACCCAGGUGGCCAAAUUCCGUCCUGGCUCAUUAACUGGGCAGCCAAGAAUGGAGUUCCAAACUUUUUGAAGGACACCGCAAAAGCCUGUCAAAACUACCUCAAGAAAGCCUAAGAAGGAGAACUGGACCUUGGCAUCCAUGGAGUGACAUCUCUGGAAAUGCUACAACCCAUUGAUGCUCAUCUUCCUCUCACAUGUCCGUCUUCAGAGGCCUCCGUGCCCUCCAGCACAUAUUUCAAGGCAUGCUUGCUGUACACCUCACUCUUAUGCCUGCCUUCUUUCCCACCGGACCUCCGUAGGCUAACUGCCUCCUUCUACUAUUGAAUAGGAGGCCUUUACUUGUUUAUUUCUCAGUAGAGAAGUUCUCAGUGGGGAACAUUCCACUGUGCCAUUGGAGGGGGUUGGGCAGGUAGAGGAAAGGCAAAAAAAAAAAAAAAAAAAAAAAGCGCAAGAGUGACCAUUCCUGGCAAGCUGCUUCCUUUUUAGAAUGUACCUCUUUGUACCUUCUGGAUGUGGCCUUUGACCUUCUGUGCCCUACCUUAGAGACACAGGCUGAUGUCCAUCCUCUUCAUGCUCUGUUACCUGGAAGAGGCUGGGCUGUGAGGUAAGAAGCUGGGCCGGCCCUGCUCUCACUUGUGGAGGAGCAUCUCCUCUGACAUCAGACUGUCUUGAGAAGCAUCACAGGCCUGACUGAGCACAUGAUGUGGUGACCACUUUGCCCUCAUCAUCCUUAUCUGAGUUUUUCUUUAUUCCAUAGGCCACUGGGGAAAAGCUCCCUAUUCCUCAUUAGCUGUGUAUCUGGCUGCAAACCUGAGGCAUCUAGAGCAAAGAGGGCUCGUGAUAACACUGUAAUAGUGUCUUUCUGUGUAGUAAGCUGACUUUCCCUUCUAAGAAUGCUUGGAGAUAAUGAAAGAACAAUAGUAGUCUACAGUCAGGUAAAAUGUAAUGAUUUGGUGGACCAUGUCCCUUUUUCAAGGGAAUUCUACCUCUUCCACAGACUCAAGUGCUUACAGAGAUGUGUGUUUUGUCCUCCAUUUUGGUAGGGAAAGAUAUUCUGUAGACAAGGCACAGCCUUAAUGAUCUCAGGGAAAAAAUUUUAAUCACUAUAUGUGAUGGUACCAAACCUUGAUUGACAGACAUAGAUAUGUAGGUUCCAAAGCCCAGAAAAGGGAUUGUUCAAAUGGGAUUCCUUACUGAAUAUCUCCUCUGAGAAGAAAGAUGUGUUCUACAAUGAAUAAACAGAAUGACCUACUUACA